CUUUCUCUCUGUCUCUCCCCCAUUGCCAUUGUUCAGAGUAUAUUCUGUAACCUUCUUCUUUCCAACUGCAUCUCACCCCUUACCGAUUCCACGACAUUAGUACCUCUUUGCGUUGCAGGGUCCCCGCCAAGGGCCACCAAUCCAGAGGCUGCAACAAGCGGGAGGCUGCACUAGAACCUCUCCCUAGAGAUGCGGCAUCGGUGCGACCGAGUCGGAGUCGGAGCAGGAAUCGGUCACACUGACUCUUUGAGCACUAGACAAACAACGGUCCAGCUCAUCUGGCCAACCAACGACAAUUCUGAUCAACUUCGCUCACACACUCUCUUAUCAAUCUCUGCUUUGUUAGGGACGAAUCAACUUGUUCAACCAGCGAUCGGCUUUUCUGGUCUAGCCGUCUGGAGAACCCAAACGAACUGGUGGAUCACCGAUCGCUGUCACGCUCCACUCUUCCACUCCAUGGCUCCAGCUCUCGACAUAGUAGACAAUUGUUCGGGUCAUGUGCUGUAGCUCUAAACUUCUUAACUUGUCACACCAGUCUUUCAGAUCCUCUUAUCUGACAACGCCUCACGUUACGGGCGCAUACUGGUAGCACGAGCAGCCGUUCAAGAGUCACGACGGGAUACUGCUGUGUCCGGUCGGCUCUUAUGCGUGAAGAGCGACGUGGAACAUCUAAACAUAGGAAUGAACCUUACAUUUGCAUUGACGAACCAAAGAAGCAUCCUUGGAUUGCCGUUCCAUCCAUGCGCCCCUUCGAUUCAAGGCAUUAGACACCCAUCCAUGGGUGUCUUGAGCACAAUCCCGGAAUAUCCCAUUGUGAUAAGGUUCUUACCCCGUAGCGGAGUGGAAUGUUCAUGGGUAGACUUUGGAGAAACAGCUUGA